CCUAGGUAUAACAAAUUUAGCAAAGGCCGGUGGAUUACGAGCCUUGGGUGACACAAAGGUUUUUCUUGGAAAAAAAAAAAGACAAGCGACAUCGAAAAGAAAACCAAGAUGAUAACACCGUAUUUCCUUGAAAAUUUUUGGGGUGAAAAAAAUAAUGGAUUUGAUGUCCUCUACCAUAACAUGAAGCAUGGCCAGAUAUCCAGCAAGGAGCUUGCAGACUUCAUAAGAGAAAGGGCUACAAUUGAGGACACCUACUCCAGAUCAAUGACCAAACUGGCCAAGUUUGCCGGAAACUUCUCUCAGUUGGGUACAUUUGCCCCAGUGUGGGAUGUAUUUAAGGUGUCGACAGAAAAACUUGCUUUGUGUCACAUGGAGCUGGUGCGUAAACUGCAAGAGCUUAUUAAAGAAGUACAGAAGUAUGCAGACGAACAGACCAAGGCACAUAAAAAGACCAAAGAGGAAGUGGCGUCCACACUGGAGGCUGUACAGAACAUUCAGACUGUGAUCCAGGCACUACAGAAGAGCAAGGAGAACUACAAUAGCAAAACUCUGGAACAGGAACGCAUGCGCAAAGAAGGAGCAACUCAAAGAGACCUGGAUAAAGCUGGAGUGAAGGUUAAGAAAGCCACAGAGGUGUACAAGUCCUAUGUGGAGAAAUACACCACUACAAAGACAGAGUUUGAGCAAAGGAUGUCUGAAACCGCACAGAAGUUUCAGGACAUUGAGCAAAGCCAUAUCUUGCACAUGAAGGAAAUCAUCCAGGCAUAUUCACACUUCAUUGAAGAGACACACAAACAGAUUGGAGAGGUGCAGAAGGAGUUUGUGAACAACAUAGAGAACACAUCUGUCGAAGGUCUAUUACAGAAACUUGCUGAGGGCAAAGGGACUGGCAAAGAGAGGCCAGGACCUAUUGAAUUUGAGGAAUGCAAUGUCACUAUUGCCACUGAAGGUGCCAAACCUAGAAAGAGGAUACCUUUUGCCAUUCCGGGUCGACGAAAAGACAAGGACACAGAUUCAACUGAAUCUACAGAAGUUGAAGCUGCUAACACUGCCAAUGGAUCUAUAGAUUUCCAAAAUGCUAAUGUCCCUCAGGUGGAUGAAGAGGGAUUUUGUAUCAGACCAGAAGGCAAUGAAAAUGAUGCCAAAGAUGACAACUUCUACUCAUCCAGCGACUCUGAGGAAGAGGACGAUCGCAGAAAAUUCCAUGUGGAGAUCAAACCUGUAAAGCCCAACAAUGGCACCCAGCAGCAAAAAGACACCAUAGACGAGCUCAAGGCCUCUAUUGGAAACAUUACUCUCUCCCCAUCCACUACAGGCCAUAUGAGGAGGAACCAAUCCAGGAAAACAGGACUGUUCCCACAGUAUUCUUUAGACUCUAAGAUGGAUGAUGAAUUAGGAAGAUCUAGAACACCACAACCAUAUAAUGAUCGAUCGACUAACAAUGACCUGUUUUCGUUGGAUCCGUUUGGCCCCAGUCCUGUUGGUGCUGCCUCUUUUGCAUCCUCCUCCACAGUUCCAACAUUUAACAGACCCACGACCCCACUGGGUACAGCAGCCUUAGAUCCUCCUCCCCCACGACCCUCAUCUCGGCCCAAACUGCCCACAGGCAAGCUGGCUGGCAUCAACGAGCUUGGUCGAUCGUUCAGCCCUCCUGUGGUGACUAAUUCAAGUCCUCCACCUACUGCUCCUCUAGCUCGAGCAGAAAGUUCAUCUUCCUUGAGUUCCAACACCUCACUGAGUGCCAGUAACACACCCACUGUCGAGGACGAUGUGUUUGUGGCGAAACUGCACACGUUUGACAAGAGGUGUGAAACUUUGGCAGGGACAUCCCGUGGACCUAGUCCUGUGACUUUAGCCUCCCAGGAUGCACUACCCAUAGCUGUGGCAUUUACUGAGUCAGUUAAUGCCUACUUCAAAGGAGCUGAUCCGGGAAAGUGCAUAGUAAAGGUUACAGGAGACAUGACACUUUCCUUUCCAAGUGGCAUUAUAAAGAUAUUUACAUCCAAUUCCUCACCAGCUGUACUCACUUUUAGACUGAGAAACACCAACAAAUUAGAGCAGAUCUUACCCAACCCACAGCUUCUACAGAGUGACUCCUCCCAAAGUGAUGCGAACACUAAAGAUUUUUGGAUGAACAUGCCAGCACUGACAGCAUAUCUAAAGAAGAGCUCAGAACAGAAUCCAACAGCUUCUUACUACAAUGUGGAUAUCCUCAAGUACCAGGUGUGUACCAACGGAAUUCAUUCAACCCCACUGAACUUGGCAGUGUACUGGAAGUGUGAAUCCAGCACUACAGAUCUGCGUGUGGAUUACAGAUAUAACCCGGAAGCUAUGCAUCCGCCCGGGCCCCUCAGCACUGUGCAGGUUCUUGUACCUGUCAGCGGCAGUGUCACAAACAUGCACUCACUUCCCAACGCUAUCUGGAACUCAGACCAGAAUAAAUCAUUAUGGAAGCUGAAUGAUAUCUCCGAAAAGUCAGAGAAUGAAGGUUCUGGCUCUCUAAGGGCAAAGUUUGAGCUAUCAGAUGGUCCCUCAAUUCCAGCCACUUUAGCCGUUCAGUUCUUUAAUGAAGGCAGCACUCUGUCUGGCGUGGACAUGGAACUGGCCGGCUCUGGAUAUCGACUCUCACUUAUUAAGAAGAGAUUUGUAACUGGUCGGUAUAUGGCAGACUGCUGAGAUUGCAAAUCAGAAACCCUGAUCUAUUAAAAAGAGUUAUUUUUUAUCUUUUAAUUUUUUUUUUAUUAAUGGAGGAGGUUAAUAGGAGAACCAACAUGAUGACUUCUUUUAUGCCUUUAAUUGUUCUUAGCAUUGAAAGUAUCCUUUAUUAUUUCAGCCAAAUGCACAUUUUUGGGGACAGGUAACUAAACUUUUUGAACAGAUGAACUACACUUUUUUACUCAUGUAGCACUGAGUAUCAAACACUGUUUAAAAGCUCAAUAAAAAGAAGUCAAAUAUUGAGUAAUAAAAAAUGAAAAGUAAUCUGAUACUUUUAUGAUCUGUUCAGACUUUUAUAAAGUCAGAAUGUUAUUGUUCGUUUUCUUGUUUUCCUGUAUAGUUUAAUUGUUAUUGACAUGCAGUGUAUCUAAAAACAAAUAUUAUCUGCACUAACAAUUUUCUGGGCCAUUUUUAUGGAUAAUGUGUCUUUUUUGAAUAUUAAUGUCUAACUCAUAAUUACGAUUUUAAAAAGCAACAACAAUGGAGGGAAAAUGAGGGACAAAAUGCCUCAGUCAACAAAAACACUAAUGAUUUUUUAAAAUUACUUCAUUCAUUUUUAUAAGGAUCAUGUAUAUUACGAUAAAUUUUUGUAAUGCUGCAAGUUGCUUUAAGUUUUCCUUUCCAUAAAUCUGCAAUGAAGGUAUAAGCUAUUGGCUGUGUUAUGUAUAUGAUUUAUACAAAAAACCUAAAGUGCCAUUUUACUGCACUGUAAAUGAUCAGUUUUGUGCCACGUUAUAAAACUGACCCUAGUGCCUCUAUUUCUUCUAUUCUGAUCUUUUCUCUACAAGCAUAUAUUUAACUAAUUUCUAAGCGCUGGUUUCAUUUUUGCCUAUACUGGGUUUGUUAAAGGGAAAUUUGCCUCAAAAAUAGUUCUAAAGAUCAAGAACUAAUAAUUCUUACCAAAACGCUAGCUGUUUAUUUUUCAGCAAUAAAGAUAUUUUUUUUAAAUGCAAAAUGUACAGACCAUUGUACAAGUUUGAUUUAAAUUUGUUGCUUUUUUAUUGAUUGGGUUUUUCCCAUAAUUUCCUACAUUAUAUACAUAAAUUAGUACUCUUACAAUAUUUUACUUAAAGCAGAUUUUACUUAGAUAUCUUCUCUACUACACUGAAAUACUAAAUUAAUAGAGCGUCACUCAGGAGGCUUUUAAUUUUAUUUGCCAAAUAUUACAUUGUGUAGUAACAACAAAAAAUUAUUAAAAUGGUUAAGCUUCAUCUUAAGUACCAGAUAAUUUAACAUGUUUACCUUCAGGCUCCAGACCUGUUGCAUAUUUAUGCAGCUAGCUAGUUUGUCAAAAUGAUGGUAUUCGCAUCCUAAUGGCUUCACUUAAUAUAGGGUUGGAUUUGUCUUUUUUUUCUACUUUCCAAAACUAGGGCCAUUUUUUAAAAGGGCUAGUCAAAGGGGAUAAAAAUACACCACAGAUACCUUAAAACUUACUGGAAUGGUUGGUAUGUAUAAAAAGCAUUAAACAUUAAAAAGCAUUUUUGUUUGUCUUUGUUUUGUUUUUAAAUGUACUGUAUGUGAUUAUUAAAACUUUAAUAAAAUGGCCUUGGAUGAUUUACUGCAGAGGCAGAUAUUAACCAGUGGACCUUAGGGUCAAACGUUAAGCAAUACUGAGCUGUUUGACAUUUUCUCUGUCCGGUAAAACAACGUGACAAAUGUGUGAUUGUAUCCUUGAGCAAGCUGGUCCUUGCUGCCUCUGCUACCAUCAGAUAAAUGUUUGAAGGCAUCUGGGAGCUUUUCAGAUUUUGUCUAUUGCCUUUCUGUCAUGUUCAGUUAUGGUUAAAGGACGAUUUAUGUAAAUGAUUUGUUUUCCUCAAAAUGUAAAUGUCUGUUAAUGUACCAUUUUGUUUUCUUGAUGAUUUUACUGUCUAUAAUAAAUAUGUAAUAUAUAAAUCUAUACAAAUAUAAGAGU